AAUGAGUAUUAUAAAUGAUACACUUAUCUCAGCCAACUCUUUUCUCACCUACUCACCAACUUCAACUUAACAAAUCCUCAUCUCAAUGGAACGUAUUAGGCGGCUUCUUGAAGUAGUAGCCUGGAGAGGCGAGCAGCAUGAGAGUGACGCGGAGGUUGGAGAAGGUGCAGCGGUGAGUGGGGAUGAAGUGGAAGCAAUGCAGCAGCAGAAAGAUGAGGAAAGAAUAGACGAAGGUGGGAAAAGGCGCAUGAUGAUGAAAGGAGCGAAACUGGUAGGUAGAGCAUUGGAGGAUGUGGAAAGGUGUAACCGUAAGAAAGUUGGUGGAAGACCAAGUUUUUUCGACUGCAACAUAUGCCUGAGCACAGCAGAAGAUCCUGUGUUGACUUGCUGUGGUCACAUCUUUUGCUGGCCCUGCUUUUAUCACUUGCCAUGUUCCUAUGCAAAUGCAAAGGAGUGCCCUGCUUGUGGCGGAGAGGUCAUUGAAACAAACAUUAUUCCAAUUUAUGGUAAUGCUAAUGCUAAUGCUGAUUCCACUGCCACUCACAGUGAUGAUCCUGAUCUACCUUCUUCCAUACUUCCUCCUCGACCUCCUGCACCCAGAAUUAGCCGUUUUACUUAUCAUUACUUUUAGCUACCAACACAUGGAUCUUUCAUCUCAUACUCUAAAACAUCUCACAUUACUCACUUUUCUUGAUGUUCUGUACUGGAGCUGUGUUAUUCGGAUAAUGAUAGUAUAACAACUAAAUUUGGAAAGUCACUUAAAAAAUGAUAACUCAGAUUAUAAGAGAAAGUUGUUAUAGUAUAAUUUUCCGUGUUAUU